AUGUCCCAGCAGGUGCCUGCAGACCCGCUCUGGCCAUGGGUGGUGAAGGUGCUGCUGCUGCUCCAGCUGUACGCCCACGGCCGUGCUCCCCACGCCGCCUCGCUGCCGCGCAGCUGCCCCACCGCUUGCAUCUGCACCUCCGACCUGCUAAGCUGCAGCCGGCAGACGCUGCAGCGUGUGCCCCGGGCACUGCCGCCCACCGCCACCACGCUGGACCUCAGCCACAACGCCCUCACCCAGCUCCAUGACCGCUGGCUGGCCGCCCUCCCGCACCUCGAGGCCCUCCACAUCAGCCACAACCAGAUUAAGGACCUUUCUCCGCAGGCUUUCCACAAUGCCUCCUACCUGCGGCACCUCGACAUGUCCUCCAACCACUUGCACGCUGUCAAGACGCACUACUUCGACGCGCUGGUGAGCUUGGAGGAGCUGCUGCUCUACAACAACCGCAUCACGCGAGUGGAUGAAAAUGCUUUCACCAAGCUGAGUGGCCUGCGGAAAGUCUACCUGAGCUGGAACAACCUGACCACCUUCCCCUUCCACUCGGUGCAGGGGCUGGGAAACUACAGCCUCCGCACGCUGGACCUCUCCUCCAACAGCCUGAGCAGCAUCCCCGUGGAUGAGCUGGCAGCUCUGCCCGAACACAUCAGGAACGGCUUGUACCUGCACAACAACCCUAUCCAGUGCAGCUGCCCGCUCUACCUGAUGCUCCAGCGCUGGAAGCAGCGAGGUUUCAGCUCUGUGAAGGAUUUCUUUGAGGAACACACCUGCAAGGUGUCUGACAACGUGCCCCGGUCCCUGAUCAAGUUCCUCAAAUACAGCCACAUGUUCAAGAACUGCUCGGCAGGCCCCGAAGACACGCACCCUGUGCCCUUCCCCGUGAUGGUGGGCCAGACCCUCCUGCUCGCCUGCAACACCAGCCUGCCAGCCGCGGCCACCACCUACAUGUGGAUCUCCCCUCACCAUGAGCCCAUCAAACACCCGGGGAACAGCAACCGCUCCUUGGAGGUCUACCGCAAUGGCAGCCUGAAGAUCGCUGCGGCCAAGCCCUGGCACUCAGGGGUCUACGUGGGCUUGGCCAUCAACAGCCCCCACAAUUUCAGCAGGCUGUGCGAAGUCAACGUGACGGUCCACUACUCCAAGCCAGACGGGGAGACCUUCAGCACUGGCCUCACGACCCUGCUGGGGUGCAUUGUGAGCCUGCUGCUCGUGCUCAUGUACUUGUACCUCACGCCCUGCCGUUGCCUGAGCUGCUGCAAGAAGCCGGCUCCUCUCAGCCCUCCACAGGAGUGCAGUGCCCAGUCCUCCAUCCUCAGCACCACUCCCCCUGCCACCGACGGGCCAAAUCGCAAGGUCAGCGCCAACAAGCACGUGGUCUUCCUUGAGCCCGUCAGGGAGACGCAGAAUGGCAAGAUCCGCCUGGCCCUCGGCGAGGACUUCCCCGACCCCAAGCAUCCCAAGGUCCUGCAGCUCAAGUCAGACUCGGAGUCCAUCAGCUCCGUCUUUUCGGACACCCCCAUUGUGUCGUAG